AUGACCUUUAACCCAGCAGCACCAACGACCGUCGUCCCCACCGCUCCGCGUUCACGAUAACGGCACCGCGUGACUGACAGCCCACUGCUCGGUGACCCGGUGGAACCGUUUACCGGAUCCGUUAAUCGGCCAGAGUAGCGGCUAGUUAGCGGCUAGUUAGCGGCUAGUUAGCGGCUAGUUAGCGGCCACAGCGAACAGCUGACUGAAGAUGGAGGAGUUUCUGUUGAGCUGCAGGGGGACCCUGAAGGUGAAUCCGGAUCAGGCCGGUUCAGGGCUCCAUGUGGUUCUGGGGAAUGAAGCCUGUGAUCUUGACUCCAUGGUGUGUGCUCUGACCUACGCCUACUUCCUGUCCAAGAGCGGCGGCUCCGAGGCGCUCGUCAUCCCGCUGCUCAACAUCCGCCAGUCGGAGCUGCUGCUGCGCUCGGACUGCGUCUACCUGCUGCGACAGGUGUGUCUGUCUCCAGACCUGCUGCUGUUCAGAGACCAGCUGGACCUGCCGGCGCUGCACCGGGACGGCCGCCUGCGGCUGACGCUGGUCGACCACAACGUCCUGCCCAGUUCAGAUAGGGACCUGGAGGCGGCGGUGGUGGAGGUGAUUGACCAUCACCUGCUGGAGAGAGACUCCUCCCCCUACUGUCCAGUUACCGUGGAGACAGUGGGAUCCUGCGCUACCUUGGUCACUGAACGUAUCAUGCAGAAGGCUCCGGAGAUCCUGGACCAGCAGGUUGCCCAAUUGCUCUACGCGGCGGUGGUGCUGGACUGCGUCAACAUGGCUCCCUCAGCAGGGAAAGUGACUCCUAAGGACCUCCGGCUGGCUGAGGCGUUGGAGGCUCGUUUCCCGGCUCUGCCAGAGAGAGACGCUCUCUUCCACGAGCUGCAGGACGCCAAGUUUGACGUCUCAGGUCUGAACACUCAACAGAUGUUGUUGAAGGACAUGAAAGCUGUUUCAGGAAGUUUGAAUGUCGCCAUUUCUGCUCUCUACGUCACACUGGAGGACUUCCUGCAGAGGGCGCGGUUGGAGGCGGAGCUCUCAGGUUUCUGUCUGAAGUUUGGCUUUGAUCUCCUGCUGCUGAUGACCAUCUCCUUCAGCGAGAGCCGGGAGCCAAUCAGAGAGCUCGCUGCCUUCAGCCACAGCGCCGCUUGCAGACGACAGGUGAGCCACUACCUGGAACAGGCCCGUAACCCCGCCCUCAACCUCUGUCCAAUCAGAAGCCCUCAUCCUCACAUCACAGCCUAUCAGCAAGGAAACUCUCUGGUGUCCCGUAAGAAGCUCCUCCCCCUCGUUAAGGACUUCCUGAGGGAGCUGGACGGUCGCCUGGGAGACGGUCGCCUGGGAGACGGUGGCCUGGGAGACGGUGGCCUGGGAGACGGUGGCCUGGGAGACGGUGGCCUGGGAGACGGUCGCCUGGGAGACGUGGAUGAGGAAGAGGAGGAGGAGGAGGAGGAAGAGGAGGCCCGGGUCCCUCCCACCCCGAUGAACAGCCUGGUGGAGGGCUGCCCUCUGGACGGAGGCCUGCCGCACCUCAGUGCUCUGGACCUGGAGGAGAAGUUCAGCAAGAUGGCUGACAGGAGAGGGAACUGACCUCUGACCCCUUGACCUCUGACCUCUCACCUGUCAAUCACCGGGACGUCUUUCUGUCUGAUGACGAAGGUACGACAGACACGGACGCCAGAAACAUCUCAGAUUGAAAGCUGUUUAUUUUUUACUCAAACACGUGCUUUUAUUCUGAAAAAUCAUCUGGACUCACUUCCACUAAGGAGCAACUUUCGGCCCUUCAAAAUAAAGGUUCACAGAAUUUGACUAAAACAUGUUUUCAGUGUCUUGGCGUUGAACUUCUUGGUGCUGCAGACUCCGUUGUGUCCACACGGGGGCGCCAACAUUUCACCUUUAGAUUCACAGCUGCUGCUAAUUUAUCUAAUAUUAUUAAUAAUAUUUUAAUUUACCAUUUAAUUCUAUCGUUUGCUCAGAAAACUGAAAAAUGCCAAAAAGUAGAAGAUGUCGGUUUACUGAGAUAUGAAGCACCGACUGGAAUAAAAACAUCAAAAUAU